UCUCCCCUUCCCUCUCUCUCCUUCCUCCAGGCUGUCUGUUCUUCCUGUGCCUGGGCAUCAUGUAUAUGUUUCGUUCCAACAUGUACUUUGCUGCCCCGUUCCAGGAGAAGAUAGUGAUCGGUAUCUUCUUCAUCGGGGCCAUCCUGUGUCUGUCCUUCUCUUGGCUCUUCCACACCGUCUACUGCCACUCUGAGGGCGUCUCUCGUGUCUUCUCCAAACUGGACUACUCUGGCAUAGCCUUCCUGAUCAUGGGCUCCUUUGUUCCAUGGCUCUACUACUCGCUCUACUGCUCUCCCAACCCCAGGUUAAUCUACCUGGUAGUAGUCUGUAUACUAGGAGUCUCUGCCAUCAUCGUCUCACAGUGUGACUUCUUCGCUAAGCCACAGUACCGCGGCCAGAGCAGUCUCCUGCUGGGUCUCCUGCCAGUAGAGGGCCCAGCAGGGCCUCACUAG